AUGGAAAACUUCUUGCAUUCAAAGGAGUUUUGGAGCAUUAUAGAGACUGGUUUCAGUGAACCAGAUCGUGGUGUGGUGAUGACGGAAGCUCAACAGAAGGUUUUGGAUGAGCAAAGACUGAAGGAUCUCAAAGCUAAAAACUAUCUAUUCCAAGCAAUAGAUCGUGCCAUACUGGAGACCAUUUUUCAAAAAGAUACCUCCAAGCAGAUUUGGGACUCAAUGAAAAGCAAGUACGCCGGUACAACAAAAGUGAAGCGGCAACAACUUCAAGACCUUCGCAAAGAAUUUGAAGUUCUGCAUAUGAAAGAAGGGGAGUCAGUAGAUGAGUACUUCACUAGAACAUUUACCGUUGUUAACAAGAUGCGUAUUUAUGGUGGUAAAUUGGAUGAUGUCAAUGCUAUCGAAAAGAUUCUACGGUCUAUGUCUUCCAAAUUUGCAUAUGUGGUUUGCUCUAUUGAGGAGGAAAAAGAUAUUGAUAUAAUGUCAAUUGAUGAACUACAGAGCUCAUUAUUAAUACAUGAGCAUAGAUUGGUACCUCCUUCUACAGAAGAACAAGCUUUGAAAGUGUCAACUCAAUUUGAUUCUUCCAAUGGGAAUGGUUUCAGCAGAGAGGUAGAGGGCGUGGUCGAAACAUGA